AUGGACGAGCGUCAAAUUGUUCUUCAGUUGCAUUCCACCUGCUUACUCUGCACGCCCUCAGUUAUUCCACUUCAUCCCACAAUCUGCGUUAUCAUUAUCAUUGUCCCUUGUCAAGGAGUCGACUUCUUGGAUAUGUCUGAAGGAACUUGGGAGAAGUUGGCCCAGAUCACCGUCAAGGGUGCUGAACACGACUCUCGUGAACGCCUUCCCCAUCCCCAAUGUUUGGAAGGGACCCGAGUGGUCCUUCUCAAUCACAUCUACGGAGUAUUAGAUGACAAAUCAAAGAGUCGACUCAUUUGGCUUCAUGGCACAGCGGGCGUCGGAAAGUCUGCUGUUGCGUUCACUGUGGCUGAAAGGAUGAGAGGUCUGAAGGUGAUGGAGGAGACGAAUGUCGAGAAGCGGCUUGCGGGAACAUUCUUUUUCUCCCGCAAGCACACGAAUCGGCGUACAACUGGUUAUUUCUUUGCGACGCUUGCCUACCAGCUGGCCAGCAACUUCCCCAGCGUCAAGACGCAUGUAAAUAAAGCUAUUCUCGAGAACCCUGCCCUUCUACACCCCGAUGGGUCUCUCCGCAAGCAGAUGGAAGAGUUGUUUUCCCGACCUCUGCGGCAGCUCAAAUCCAGACUACGCGAGUGUCCGCCUUUGACAUUCGUUAUUGAUGCCCUCGAUGAAUGCACAGAAUCCCUCGAUCAAGCCUCACCGGAAUCCCUCGAUCAAUCCACAUUCGAAAACAAAUCCGAAAUCGAGCUUGCUGAACUCAUUUCCCUGCUCGCCCAAGCUCUUCGUGAUCCUAAUUUGCCCGUAAUCCACAUUUUAGUCACAAGCCGCUCGGAAGCGCAUAUCCAAGAAGCCAUGCAGAACGAAGACGUGUGCCCGCUGGUGUGCGAGAUACCAGUGAAGAUUUCCGGACAGGGCGUUGCUGCUACCAUCUCGUUAGACGGCGCAGAUGUUGACGAAGACAUCUAUUUGUUCUUGGAACAUUCGUUCAAAAGAAUGCGCAGUCGCUUUUCCACUUUCCCGCAGCCAACGAAGGGUCAACUUGAACGGCUAGCGAACCGAGCGGGCAGACGCUUCAUCGUCGCAUCUACAAUGAUGAAGUUUAUCAAUGAUCAACACAGUGAUCCCCGCGAUCGGCUUGAGCUCAUGCUCGAACUAACAAGUGAACUGCUUCCAGGGACGGAGGUGUACAAGUUAUACGACCGUAUUCUCUCCACAUGCGCUGACCCGACGCAGGCAUACCUGCACUUGUCGGUUGUUGCUGCCCUUGCGGAUCCUCUACCCAUGGCACAAAUCUCGGAACUUCUUGGCCCUGGUCAGGGCAGGGAUGUCGAGGCAGUACUGGUGCAGCUACGGUCUGUCAUAGAUAUUCCUACCGACAGCAGUCUCCCCGUGAACAUAUAUCACUCCUCUGUCCGUGACUACGUUUCCCACCGCUCCAACUGCAGCCUCAUUCAAGUGAAAUAUAUCACAUCACCACAUUCCCUACUCGCUCUUUCCUCUCUCCACUUGAUCAUGUACGGCAUCCCAGAACGUAAGGCUCUCUUGGACGCUCUCUCAGAAUUGACGAAGCACAGCAAUGCUAUGGUACCCCAGGAGCCCCAGAAUUUAAAACACUCAUUAUCUUUCAUGGUCCAGCCACCGGACCCACUGCAAGUUAUUACAGCCCUACUAUGGCUUCGGGGAGAUCGAGGCUCAAACUUCCAAUUCUGGCUAGAGACCAUGGACGGGCGUGCCUGGCUGCAGACUGACGGAGUGGAAGACUGGCUGCAGACUCAGGGGGGGAAGGACUGGCUGCUGACUCACGCGGCGAACAGAAAGCGCGACAGACUGGCUGCGAACAACAAGCGCGAGGGACUGGCUGCAAACAGAGAGCGCGGCACACUGGCUGAAGACAUAUAG